AUGUUCGGACGCGCCCUCCGCCAGUCGAGCCGCCGGGUCGCUGCAAUCUCUGCCUCGGGCAGAAUUGCGUCGGUAAGUCCAUCGAAAUCCACCCGUACCACCCCGUUCAACGCGGUGCGAACCUACGCCGCCGAUGCGAAGGCAUCUCCCACCGAGGUCUCCUCUAUCCUUGAGCAGAAGAUCCGCGGUGUCCAGGAGGAGCAGAGCCUUGCCGAGACAGGUCGCGUCCUCUCCGUCGGUGAUGGUAUUGCCCGUGUCCAUGGCAUGACCAAUGUGCAGGCCGAGGAACUGGUCGAGUUCGCGUCCGGUGUCAAGGGCAUGUGCAUGAACUUGGAAGCCGGCCAGGUCGGUGUUGUGCUCUUCGGUUCCGAUCGUUUGGUCAAGGAGGGCGAGACCGUCAAGCGGACGGGCGAGAUUGUCGACGUUCCCGUCGGCGAGGCUCUUCUCGGACGUGUUGUCGAUGCACUCGGAAACCCCAUUGAUGGCAAGGGCCCCAUCAAGACCAGCGAGAAGCGCCGCGCUCAGCUCAAGGCUCCUGGUAUCCUUCCCCGCCGUUCCGUCAACCAGCCCGUACAGACUGGUCUCAAGUCCGUCGACGCUAUGGUUCCCAUUGGCCGUGGCCAGCGUGAGUUGAUCAUUGGUGAUCGUCAGACCGGAAAGACCGCCGUCGCUCUCGACACCAUCCUUAACCAGAAGCGCUGGAACAACAGCAACGACGAGACCAAGAAGCUCUACUGCAUCUACGUCGCUGUUGGCCAGAAGCGUUCCACUGUCGCCCAGCUUGUCAAGACCCUUGAGGAGAACGAUGCCAUGAAGUACUCCAUCGUUGUCGCCGCUACCGCCUCCGAGGCAGCUCCUCUGCAGUACAUUGCUCCCUUCACUGCAACGAGCAUGGGCGAAUUCUUCAGAGACAAUGGAAAGCAUGCUUUAAUCAUCUAUGACGAUUUGUCCAAGCAGGCUGUCGCGUAUCGUCAGAUGUCCCUUUUGCUCCGUCGUCCUCCUGGGCGUGAGGCUUAUCCUGGAGACGUCUUCUACCUCCACUCCCGGCUUCUGGAGCGUGCCGCCAAGAUGAACGACAAGCACGGCGGCGGCUCUCUCACUGCUCUUCCCGUCAUUGAGACCCAGGGUGGUGACGUGUCUGCGUACAUUCCCACAAACGUCAUUUCCAUCACCGACGGCCAGAUCUUCUUGGAGUCCGAGCUGUUCUACAAGGGUAUCCGCCCCGCCAUCAACGUCGGUCUUUCCGUGUCACGUGUCGGUUCCGCUGCCCAGCUCAAGGCCAUGAAGCAGGUCGCUGGUUCUCUGAAGCUCUUCCUGGCCCAGUAUCGUGAAGUUGCUGCCUUCGCUCAGUUCGGUUCGGAUUUGGAUGCUGCUACCAAGCAGACCCUCAGCCGUGGUGAGCGUCUCACCGAGCUCCUGAAGCAGCCCCAGUAUAAGCCGAUGGCUGUAAAUGAGAUGGUGCCGCUCAUCUAUGCGGGUGUCAACGGUAUCCUCGACAAUGUGCCCGUCAACAGGAUUCUCCAGUGGGAGUCUGAUUUCCUGGCCCACCUCAAGGCUAACGAGUCCGACUUGCUGGCUACCAUUGAUCGUGAAGGAGCACUGAGCAAGGACACUGAGUCGAGGCUGAAGGAGGUUGCGACGACUUUCACCAAGGCCUUCCUGUAA